AUGAAAAAAUCAAUUAAUGUUCAAGAAACUUCAGAUGUUCGACUCUCAAUUGAUAUAUUAAAACUUGAAAAAUAUUUACAAGCCAAUUUACAAAAUUUAAAAUUACCAUUGGAAGUUCGACAAUUUAAAUUUGGACAGAGUAAUCCAACUUAUCUCUUAAUUGAUGCAAAUAAAAACCAUUAUGUAUUAAGAAAGAAACCACCAGGGCAACUUUUAUCAACUACAGCUCAUGCAGUGGAAAGAGAAUUUCGAAUAUUGGAUGCAUUAAGUAAAGGAAAUACUCAAAUUCCAGUUCCUAAGGUUUAUUUGUUAUGUAGAGUUUUUGAAGAUAUAAGACUUUUAUCACUUCCCCGCGAAGUUCGAAAUCAAUGUUGGUAUUUAGCAAUUGAAACGUUAGCCAAACUUCAUAAAGUAGAUUAUAUAUCCAUAGGACUUGAAUCUUAUGGAAGAUCCUCCAAAAAUUUUUAUUCAAGACAAAUUAAUUCAUUACUUAAGAUCACAAAAGUUCAAGCACAAGUUAAAGAUGAAAAUGGAAAUCAAGUUGGACCAUUACCUAAACUUGAUGAAAUAAUUGAAUGGUUUAAAAGAAAUGAAAUAAAAGAUGAGACGAGUAUUGUUCAUGGUGAUUAUAGAAUAGAUAAUUUGAUCUUUCAUUCAACAGAAACAAAAGUGAUUGGAAUUAUAGAUUGGGAAUUAUCAACGAUUGGACAUCCAUUAUCGGAUUUAGCAAGCUUAUUAUUAUUAUAUUAUAUUAAAGAUACUGGACCAUUUAUAGGAUUAAGGGAUAUUAAGGAUUUACCUAUUCCAACGGUUAAUGAAUUAAUUAAAUUAUAUUGCGAAAAGUUGGCAGUAAUUGCUCAAGGAUUAACUGCUCGAAUUUUUCGUAAACAAUCAAGUUCCGCUGAAGCUAAAUUAUAUUUAGGAUUAUUUAAACCAAUUAUGUAUCAAGCGUAUGAAUUUCUUAAUUCAAUAUUAUAA